AUAAUUGAGCUGAACUAAAUUUACUUGCUCAGUCUUUCCAGCGAGAGCAAAAUCUUUGAAAUCAACGAUGGCGAAAUUCAGUUUCCUGGGAAACAAAUACUGGAUUCUGCGACAUGGUAAAAGCAUCCCUAAUGAGAAAGGCCUCAUCGUUUCUUCUUUGGAAAAUGGGGUUCUUUCAGAAUACCAAUUAGCUGAUGAAGGUGUUCACCAAGCAAGAUUAGCAGGUGAAUCAUUCCAAAAGGUAUUGAAGGAAAACAAUAUACCAAUUGAAAAUGUUAGAAUUUGCUACUCUCCAUUUUCAAGAACAAGACACACUGCUCAAGUUGCUGCUUCUGUUCUCAAUGUUUCCCUCGCAGGUCCUCAGUGUAAGGUGAUGGAAGAACUUCGGGAGCGUUUCUUUGGGCCUUCAUUUGAACUUCAAUCACAUGACAAAUAUGCAGAGAUAUGGGAUCACGACGAGAAGGGCCCGUUCAUGAAGCCUGAAGAAGGUGGAGAAAGUGUGGCCGACGUCGCUUCAAGACUUGCUACUGCUGUGGAAGCCAUCGAGAAAGAUUUCCAAGGGUGUGCAGUAUUGGUUGUCAGUCAUGGGGAUCCACUGCAAAUUCUUCAAACAAUAAUAAGUGCAACUGAUAAAGCACCUGGUGGUGAUUUCAAGACAAGAGUAGAGGCGGUGAAAGUGCCUUCCAUCUUGUCACAGCACCGGAAAUUUGCCUUAAAUACUGGAGAACUCCGACAACUCGUUUAAAUAAUUGCAUAGUUAAGCAAAUAAGUUAUCUCAGGUCAAAUUGAUUGUUAGUUUUAGCUGGCUGAUUUUACUGCAACUGCAAAGUGAAAAGCCAUAAUGCUUAGAUAGCAGUUGUGAAGUUUAUCCAUUUACAAGUGAUAUUCAUUGUUACUCUCGAUUGCAAAUUUGUUUUAUGCUUGUCAUUUUACUUUCUUAGAGUGUA